GCUGUCAUGGACGCUGAACCUCUCUCUACCGCUGCCUUAAGGAUUCCUACUAUUCAAAUAUCGGAAUCGCCAGGUCCCAUUAAUAACCAUGUGGAGGGUAAAAAGGGACGGGGAAGUAAUCACCGAACAAGACCGAGACUAAGCAAAAGCAUACCAAGCCUUUAUGCUGAGGAUUCUAGUGAAGGAGGUUCCACUGACGAUGGAAGGCUUAUGUCUCCAAAAGCGAUAAGAAGAACUAAUGUAAUAAAAGAAAGCUUCGAUGAUUUCAUAAGGAGGCGCCGUAAUGCUUUAGAAAAUCAGCGAUCUACAAUUUCUUUGUAUACAUCACCUGUCCUUGUUAUGACAUACUUCCUGGCAUAUGUUAUCCAUCAGGUUAAAAGUGCAGCGGAAUAUGCGCGAUCAAGAAAAUGGAUUUUGGCGGCAGUACCGGUGUUAGGAGGGUUAAUUCAAUUUACAUUAUUGGUUGAAGGCGCUCAUAAAGAGAUUAUAUAUCGUGUUCAACAUUUAGUAUUUUGGUAUUGUUAUUGGAUUUGUUUGGGAAUCGCGUCUUCGAUAGGCCUUGGCACCGGUCUACAUACUUUUGUACUGUUUCUCGGACCUUUUAUUGCGGAAGUGACAUGGGCGGCUAAUACUUGUAGGAGACUUGAUUUUGAAAUUUCUGGACCUAAUAGAUUUCGAUGCCAGCCUAUGGAAACAGAAACCAAUCCUAUUUCUAUUUCACUUUGGAGUGUUUUUAAUAAAGUUCAAUGGGAGUCUUUUUUCUGGGGACUUGGCACUGCGCUGGGCGAAUUACCACCAUACUUUGUUGCGAGAGCUGCUGCUUUAUCUGGAAGUCGAAGUGAGGAGUUGGCACAACUCAAUAAUUUGCUGGAAAAUUCGCCAGAAAAAAUGACGAUAAAGGAAAAAUUACUUAUGAAAACCCAUAGACUAUUACUUAAAUUGGGGUUUUUCGGAAUAUUUUUGUUUGCUUCGAUCCCCAAUCCAUUAUUUGAUUUAGCAGGAAUUAUCUGUGGGCAAUUUUUAAUUCCAUUUUCAACAUUCUUUGGAGCGACAUUCCUUGGUAAGGCGGUGGUGAAAUCAUCAAUACAGACAAUUAUUGUGAUAUUAUUGUUCUCUCAAGAUACUAUUGAAACAAUUUUAAAUAUUACACGAUAUAUUCCUUAUAUACACGAUAAGUUUGAAGCAAUGAUUCAGCGGCAAACUAUUAUAUUUAGACGCGAAAAAGGGGAAGAUGCGUACGAUAUUGGACCGAGUAACCCAAGUAUCAUAUCACUUGCGUGGAAUACAGUUUUUAAUCUAAUGUUAGCAUACUUUGCGCUCUCUAUAAUUGAAACUUUGGCUAUAUCGCAUCUUAAGCGAGUACAUGAUCAAGAAAUAGAAAAUUUGGAAAGAAAGGCGAGUGAAAAUGCAAUGAUACAUAGUGAUAACACGAAUGAGCGUUUAACCGUGAGAAGAAGGACGAUCGACGGGAAAUACAAACGUGACCGUAGUCUGGGAAGAGGAUAUGAAA